UCGGCCUCCCAAAGUGCUGGGAUGACAGGUAUGAGCCACCACGCCCAGACAAGAGGGCACAUUUCAAACCGCAUUCUGAAGGGCUGGUGGUGAGAAAGAGCAUAUAGAGGUGGCACAGCCCAUAGCAGAGAUGAGGCCAAGGACAAGAAGAGAAUGCAGGAUGCCGCUUUCCACCUAGAAGAAGGGUUCUCCGGCCCCUCCCUUUCUCACGCUCCGAAGCCGAGAAGGCCCAAAGCGAAGACAGAGAGGACCCGGAAGUAGGGAAACCUCUGAGCACGUGAUGCGGGAACACGCGGGUGCUGUCACGUGAUCCGACAACCUGCCUCUGCUUAGUGCAGAACAUUCUGCUGCUCUUAAAGACCCUCAUCCCUCCCUUUGGACACUCUAUGACCCUGGACCCUCGGGGGACCUGAACUUGAUGCGAUGGGAGGCUGUGCGGGCUCGCGGCGGCGCUUUUCGGAUUCCGAGGGUGAGUAUUCCCGCCCACCCUCAUGGAGCGACCACCUCUGGCUCGCAGCCCACCUGAGGGGAGUGAGAGCUGACUCGGCCCCGGGAGGACACUCAUGGAGCCGUCGUGCACCUGAGAGUGGGUGGGGGUCAUGCCCUCUUCUCGCUCUCCCAGGGGAGGAGACCGCCUCGGAGCCACGGCUCCCUCUGUUGGACCAUCAGGGCGCGCAUUGGAAGAACGCGGUGGGCUUCUGGCUGCUGGGCCUUUGCAACAACUUCUCUUAUGUGGUGAUGCUGAGUGCCGCCCAUGACAUCCUUAGCCACGAGAGGACAUCAGGAAACCAGAGCCACGUGGACCCAGGCCCAACGCCGAUCCCCCACAACAGCUCAUCACGAUUUGACUGCAACUCUGUCUCUACGGCUGCCGUGCUCCUGGCGGACAUCCUCCCCACACUCGUCAUCAAAUUUUUGGCUCCUCUUGGCCUUCACCUGCUGCCCUACAGCCCCCGGGUUCUCAUCAGUGGGAUUUGUGCUGCUGGAAGCUUCAUCCUGGUUGCCUUUUCUCAUUCCGUGGGGACCAGCCUGUGUGGUGUGGUCUUCGCUAGCAUCUCAUCAGGCCUCGGGGAGGUCACCUUCCUCUCCCUCACUGCCUUCUACCCCAGGGCCGUGAUCUCCUGGUGGUCCUCAGGGACUGGGGGAGCUGGGCUGCUGGGGGCCCUGUCCUACCUGGGGCUCACCCAGGCCGGCCUCUCCCCACAGCAGACCCUGCUGUCCAUGCUGGGUAUCCCUGCCCUGCUGCUGGCCAGCUAUUUCUUGUUGCUCACAUCUCCUGAGGCCCAGGACCCUGGAGGGGACAAAGAGGCAGAGAGCGCAGCCCGGCAGCCCCUCAUAAGAACCGAGGCCCCGGAGUCAAAGCCAGGCUCCAGCUCCAGCCUCUCCCUUCGGGAAAGGUGGACAGUGUUCAAGGGUCUGCUGUGGUACAUUGUCCCCUUGGUCGUGGUUUACUUCGCCGAGUAUUUCAUCAACCAGGGACUCUUUGAACUCCUCUUUUUCCGGAACACUUCCCUGAGUCAUGCUCAGCAAUACCGCUGGUACCAGAUGCUGUACCAGGCUGGCGUCUUUGCCUCCCGCUCUUCUCUCCGCUGCUGUCGCAUCCGUUUCACCUGGGCCCUGGCCCUGAUGCAGUGCCUCAACCUGGUGUUCCUGCUGGCGGACGUGUGGUUCGGCUUUCUGCCAAGCAUCUACCUCGUCUUCCUGAUCAUUCUGUAUGAGGGGCUCCUGGGAGGUGCAGCCUACGUGAACACCUUCCACAACAUCGCCCUGGAGACCAGUGAUGAGCACCGGGAGUUUGCAAUGGCGGCCACCUGCAUCUCUGACACGCUGGGGAUCUCCCUUUCGGGGCUCCUGGCUUUGCCUCUGCACGACUUCCUCUGCCAGCUCUCCUGAUACUCAGGAUCCUCGGGACGCAGAUCACAUUCACCUGUGGGCAGAGGGACAGGUCAUAUACCCAGGGCCACCACAGAGACCCUCCACGAACUGUGCUCCCGGCCUUCCCAGCAGUCUGGGAGUAGGGAAAGGCUGAGGCCUUGUUCCCCUUGCAGGGGGGCCAGCCAUUGUCUCCCACUCGGGGAGUUUCUUCCUGGCAUCAUGCCCUCUGAAUAAAUGCCGAUUUUAUCCGUGGA